GAAAGACGAAUCAGCGCUCUCCAGUCCACCUUCAUCCCUCCCACUCUGUCUCCACCUCUCAGUAUUGCCCCUAGUUUGCCUCAGAAGUGUGAUGCUCUGCAGUGCUGUACACUGAGGCAACAACCACCAGCUGUUUAUUCACCAUCCAGACAAGAGCAGCAGACAAGAGCUGCUACAUCAUCCAGUAGGCAGACAAGAGUUGGAUGGGUGCUUAUCCAUCAUGCUCAAGUCUCUGUUCGCGUACGGAGUGCUGGGAGUGUUUCUGAUCCCAGCAAAGUGUGAUCAGAUCUCAGUGUGUGUCAACGAUACAGACCUGAGAGUAGACUGUCGGAUCCCGCCCACACCAAACAAGAUCAGCAGCUAUCACUUCUCUUUGGCCACUGAAGGCAAAGAGUUCGUCAUUAAUACUAAUGUGUCCGGUUCAUCGGCAGAGACCCGGUUCCAAGGCAAAAGCUAUGUGGUGGAGCUGGAGCCCAAAGGCUACAGAAUGAUCCUGGAGGAUUUCAAAGACAAACUCAAAGGCAGCACCACCUACAUGUGCAAAAUAAAUGCGCAGACUGCCAGUGUCAGUGUAGAGAAAGAGAAACUUGUCAAGUGUUCAGCUGUAAGCCUGUUAGUGAAGAGCUCCUGCUCCUGGAUCUUUUGCCUGCUGAUUUUCUUCUAUCACUCACACAGCUAAAGAAAGAAACAGGCCUGUGCUGACACACACAUGUAAUGACGCCUACACAUCUGUUCGCAGCCACAAACAUCCCCACAAUACCACAUGUUGAAAAGAUGUUGUUAACAGCUUGCACCUCUGUAUCUCCUUCUUGUGUUUUCUUCCCAAAAUCACUGAAACGGUAUUAAAAGGUUUUCAUAAUGCACUUUGAUGAGACAGAAUGCAGAUGACUCAGCAGAAAUGUUUAUAGCUGUGCUUUUUGCUGCAGAUGCACACACUGCAUUGUUAUGCGUACAAUGGCACGAAGUAACUUGUUGUGUAAAUAUUACUUUGCAAGCUGCAGCAUUUGUUUUCAAUAAAGGGGUGCUAUUAAAGCCA